AUGGGUUUCCUGGGUGUUUAUACUGCAAUAUACGAUUAUGUUCCGGCAGGUGAGGGAGAGCUCACUAUCAAAGAGGGAGAUAUCCUCUACGUGCUAGAAAAGAGUACAGAAGAUGACUGGUGGAAAGCAAAGAAGAAGGCUUCCGCAGAAGAUGAGGAUGAACCUGUGGGAUUGAUCCCGAGUAAUUAUAUCCAGCAGGCAGAACCAUCUAGCAAAGCACGCGCUCUCUACGAUUACACAAGACAAACCGAUGAGGAGCUGUCAUUCGCAGAAGAUGCACAACUCGAGGUCUUCGACACAUCCGAUCCGGACUGGAUCUUGGUUGGUUUUGAAGGAGAAUAUGGAUUUGUACCUGCGAACUACAUUGAAUUGUCCGAGGAAGAAGAGCUCAAAGAAGCACCUGCGCCGAGUCUUCCAAGUCGACCAAGGCCAGCACCGGUUGCAAUAGAAGAAGAAGCACCAGAAACGCCUCAGUCUCCCCUGUCGCCUCAGUCCCCUGAAUCCCCAGUAGCGGCGAAUCCAGCUGCCGCGAUCGCUGGUAUUUUACAGCAGAGGAAAGCGUCGGCUCCAGCAGCUCGAGCUCCACCACAAUUCACGCCCGAAGCCUCCGAUGAAGAGCCGCCUACACCUACAUUACCUGCGAGACCCGUAUCGCAAGUCACAAUACCGCAGCCUACCUCGAGUCGAGAGCGAGAGCGAGAGCGAGAGCCUACCCACCAUUACUCCCCAAGGCUUCCUGCAUCUCCUGGUGUUACCGCAUCGCCUCCUUAUAAUAGAGCAUCUUUCGCUGCAAUGGGUGUAGACGAUGUAGAUGAACGUAAAGCAAGUCGUGCACCGGGCGGGUUCCACAUGUACAACAUCAGUGAGAUGGUGCAUGUGAUGGGUAAAAAGAAGAAAAUGCCUACAACUCUGGGUGUUAAUAUCGCUACGGGUACGAUUUUGAUUGCCCCCGAACAAGCCCGAGACGGACCAGAACAAACAUGGACGGCGGAAAAAAUGACACAUUAUUCGUUGGAAGGCAAGCAUGUCUUCAUGGAAUUAGUGCGCCCAAGUAAAAGUAUCGAUUUCCAUGCGGGAGCUAAAGACACCGCAACGGAAAUUGUUAGUGCGUUGGGAGAGCUUGCGGGUGCUGUCCGAGCCGAAGGAUUGAGAGAGGUUAUCGCAGCAGGAUCUGGCUCCGGUCAGAAGAGAGGACACGUUCUCUAUGAUUUCGUGGCACAAGGAGAAGAUGAGGUAGAUGUGAAUGUUGGGGAUGAGGUAGUCAUCAUUGAUGAUGUGAAGAGUGAGGAAUGGUGGAUGGUACGGAGGGUCAAGAAUGCGAAAGAAGGGGUUGUCCCAAGUAGUUAUAUCGAAAUCAUCGGCACAAUACAACCACAAAGCUCGGCUGGAAUAAACGCUGGAAGAUCGACCGUUGAACAAAACAGGCUCGAGGAAGCGCGAUUAGCGAGGGAUGCCCUAAAGACAGCGAAGAGGGAAGAGGUUGAGGUAGGCCCUGGCAUGCGACUACCCGAGAGGGGUAGCAGUUUAUCUGCUCGUGACAAUGGUAACCAAUCUGGGCAACAGAAGAGACGAGAAAAUGGCCGAGAAGGCGGUCAAUCAAGAUCUUCAAAAUCUAAACCCGAUCCCGCUAAAGUAAGAACUUGGACGGAUCGCUCGAAGUCGUUCAGUGUUGAAGCGCAAUUCUUGGCGCUGAAAGAUGGUAAGAUAAAUCUUCAUAAAAUGAAUGGCGUAAAAAUUGCCGUCCCAGUUGUCAAAAUGUCGGUAGAAGAUCUGGAGUAUGUUGAGCGGAUGACGGGUAUCUCCUUGGAUGAAGAUAAACCGUUGUCAGACAUCAAAAAGCAGCAAAGAUCACAAGCAGCUGAGCGAGAGUCGAGCAAUGGUGCAGCUGCAGGUGCAAGCGUUCAGCGACCAGAGUACGAUUGGUUCCAAUUCUUCCUCUCUUGCGACGUCGCUGUGGGUCUCUGUGAGCGGUAUGCACAGGCAUUCAAACGCGAUUCUAUGGAUGAGAGUGUUCUAUCUGAUAUCGAUGCAACGGUACUGCGAAAUCUUGGAAUACGCGAGGGAGAUAUCAUCAAGGUCAUAAGGUUUUUGGACAAAAAGUAUAUGCGAAAAGAUGGGAAGCGAAAUGUAAGCUUCGGAGGCGAGGACGAGGGCGAAGCGGGCCUCUUUUCCGGACCAGGCGGUGCAUUGAAAAAUAAUACCCGAAAAGGUCGCCCGGCUCCUGCUAUACAAACUAAUGAUGUCGUGGAUGCCAAUGCUUUUUCGCAAAAUGGUGCUGAGAAAUCCUCACCCCAUGGAGUUGCCACACCCCUCGCAACCGUUCCAACUCCAACACAGAAAGACGUCAAGAGGGGAGGAUUUGACGAUGAUGCAUGGGACGUUAAGCCAUCGAAACAACAAGCCGCGAGCAGCCCACCUGCCCAAUCCAAUUAUCUUGUUUUAACUCCCCAACAACUAGCUAUUACUGGCUCGAUGCAAGAGCUAUCACUAUUAUCUACCCCUCUAGAGCCGGUGAAGGCACAGCCGACUGCUCAAGCAACACCGCAGCCCCAAGCUCCACCGGCCGUUACACCUUCAAUAUUUGCGGGGAUUGGCAGUCAACAAACUGGAGUUCCUCAACAGCAACCCACUCUUUCCGGGCCUUUGUUCCCAGCAAACUUAGCACGCCAACGUCCCGGCCCCCCUCAAAUGACUGCUAACUCAACCUUGAUACCACCCCUCCCCCCUUCGCGACCUCUAUCAGCUCCUCAAACUGCCAGUGCUUAUGGCCCGCCCCCAUUGCAAGCUCAAGCUACUGGUUAUGGAGCUUUUCAACCCCAAAUCGCUCCUCCAGGCCAAAGCUUACAUGACCUCAAUCAACAACAUUUGCAGCAGCAGCAGCAGCAAAUGCAACAGCAACAAUUUUUGCAACAACAAACGGGCAUGAUGCAACAACCUACAGGAUUUAAUCAAUUCAAUCCUGGAAUGCCUAACAACUUUCAACAAUUUCCUAUGCAAACGGGAAAUCCUCAACAGCCUUUUAUUCCCAAUCAAACGGGCACACCUUUUGCGAACCCUCCAGCACAACCAUUUCAACCACAACCACUUCAAGCUCAGCCUACAGGUUUUCAGAGCGCUUUCCCUGUUGGGCAACAAUAUCCUCAACCAACCGGUGUGAAUUCAUACUUGCCUCCAGCCAUGCAACCUCAGCCAACAGGCGUGAUGAAUGGAGCAAAUGGUUUCGGCCAGACUUUCACAACACCGCCAGUCCCACCUAUGCCGCGGCAGCAGUCAUCUCCAUUGAUUCCACAACAGACCGGGCCGGCACCACCAGUUCGCUUCGGACUCAAUGGUACUAAUAAAAUUGCGCCACAAGCUACGGGCAGACGUGCAAACCUUUCACAAGCCACUCCCCAAAAUCCAUUUGGUUUUUAG